CUGAUGUUGUUGCGCACACGGAAAGAGUAGUGAUCGUCAAAUACAUGAUACGCCAAAUCCCUCAACCCUCCCGAAGCUCCACCAGGACUGCUAGGUAAUAGUGUGUUAAAGUGGAACAAACAGGCCGAAAGGACGCAGAGACGGAUCUAACGGUGAACGGAGACUUUGUCGAUCGGGAUUUGUCGAGGAUGAGGUUGAUCAAGAGCACACAUGCGGAUGGAGGCGAGAAGCAUGAGCUGGCUCCUCCUUUCAGAAACCCGUUCUUGCAUGACUUAAGAUUCACAACACUUCAAAAGCUGCAGAUUGGUUUGAUGACUGUGACACUCUUCCCCAUUCGCCUCUUCAUCGCUGCGUUCAUGAUGCUGUUGGCCUGGCCAUUUGCCUUCAUCGCUACCAUGGGCCGCUCGAAGUUGGCAGUGGAGCAUCAGUGCUUAUGGAGAAAGGUAGUUGACCUGGCGCUAAAGACCAUCAUGCGGGUCAUGUGGUUUGCAGGCGGGUUUCACUGGAUCAGCAUUAAAGGAAGACAGGCUCUGCCAGCAGAGGCGCCCAUCCUCACCCUCGCCCCGCACUCGUCCUACUUUGACGCCAUUCCCGUUACCAUGACGAUGGCGUCGAUUGUGAUGAAAGCUGAGAGCAAAGACAUCCCUGUCUGGGGAACACUGAUCAAAUACAUCCGACCGGUGUUUGUGUCGCGGUCAGACCAGGACUCCAGACGGAAGACCGUGGAGGAGAUCAAGAGAAGAGCUCAAUCAGAAGGGGAGUGGCCUCAGAUAAUGAUAUUCCCAGAGGGGACGUGCACCAAUAGAUCCUGUCUGAUCACGUUCAAACCAGGAGCAUUCAUUCCUGCAGUACCUGUACAGCCUGUAGUAAUUCGCUACCCUAACCAACUGGACACCAUCACCUGGACAUGGCAGGGGCCUGGAGCAUUUAAGAUCCUUUGGUUGACUCUGUGCCAGCUUCACAAUGAAUUUCAGAUUGAGUAUCUGCCCAUCUAUACUCCCUCAGAGGAGGAGAAGAAGAACCCAGUGCUCUUCGCUCACAAUGUGCGCCGCUUGAUGGCAAAAGCCCUGCAGGUCCCCGUGACAGACUACUCUUUUGAAGACUGUCAGUUGGCCAUGGCUGAGGGUCAGAUCAGACUGCCAUUGGACACAUGUCUGCUGGAGUUUGCCAAACUUGUCCGCAGACUGGGGUUAAAACAUGAGAACCCUGAGAGACGUCUGCAGGAAUAUGGGAACAGAGCACGUAAACUCCAGGGAGAAAGACUGAAUCUGGAAGACUUUGCUCAGUUCUUGGACCUGCCAGUGUCAGACGUGCUACAAGAUAUGUUUGCUCUUUUUGACGAGAGUGAAGAUGGCUCAAUGGAUAUCCGAGAAUUUGUGAUCGCCUUCUCUGUUGUAUGCAGGCCUGCAAAAACACUGGUCACCAUGAAGUUGGCUUUCAAGAUGUUUGAGGCAGAGGAAGAUGGUGCGAUCACAGAGAAUGAGUUGAUGUGUAUGUUGAGGACAGCACUAGGGGUUGGAGAACUCAAAGUCAGUCGUCUGUUCAGAGUCAUUGAUGAACAAGACACUGGCAAACUCUCAUUUGAGAGCUUUAGGAACUUUGCCGAACAACACCCAGACUUUGCCGAGGAGUACCUCUACUCAGACAAAGCAGGAUCCGGGGGCAGUUCCUCUUCUCACGCUUCAAGUCCCGUGGUCAACGGUUUCUGUGCCGAUUUCACUCCAAGCGGCCAAGGCCACCGCGCUCCUCAAAAGAAACUCGACUGAGUCCCUCCCUCAAUGUGCAGUCCCUCGCCAGAGAAACAAACAAAGGUCGUUCGUCAGUCACAGUCAUUGCAAAGUUUACUUCCUGGCAUCUACAAUAUUUUAGGGUUAUUUUACGCUUGCUGGUUCUCUCCUGAACAUUUCAGCUCUGUUGUUUUGAAAUUGGGAACUUUGUUUAGGACAAAAAGGGAUUUUUCUUUAUUUUGUAUAACGUAAAUACUUAAAGGCCAAGCACUUACUUAUUUUCUCAAAGGGUGAUUUAUUUGUGAGUUUGUUGGUUGCACAGUAUUUCUCACCCUCACUACUCACAUAUUUUUCCCCCAAGUUUUAUGACUGUAGAUGCUUUAUGAAACAAUAUGUAUUUGCUUGGGCGCAAUGCUUGAUAACAGUGUUACUCAGUAUUUGACUAUAAGAUCAUUGAGCACUAGUGACAAAUAUCUGUAUUAGAGUAUCAGAUUUGAGGUGCAAAAUGGUCCAGUGAUGUGGUCAGAAUCAAAAUGAGCCAGUUAAUUAUUUUAUUUUUUUGUCCCUUAGCUCAGGGGUGCGGGAAAGUGUGUGUGUGUGUGUAUGUUUUAAAGGACGGUUCCCUCAAAAAUUCUCUCACUAUUAACUCACUGUCCCAGGUGUGUAUGACU